CAAAACAGUUGUUUCCGAAAAGUUUGACUUGACGGUGUGGAAGAUGAAGAUGGAGCAAAAACAAGACAAUACAUCACUAAUGCUGCUCUCAGCAACUGGCUUGGCCCUUCUAACCAUCCUCACUGUGUGGAAAUCAAAACAGUGCAAAUAUAGACUUCUAAAUGAAACUGGAGGGGCAAUGUUUUAUGGCAUGCUCAUGGGGCUAACAGUGAAACUCCUGUCCUUUUACCGGGGACAACAUGAGGACAACAUGGACGCUGUGUGCAUUUGCAGGGGUCUUAACAGCACUCUUCACGUCCUGACGGUCAACUUCACAUCACCCUCUCCCCGACACGUUGGUAAAGUCAGGCAGGGAUGCCCCCCGCUCUCCACCCCUCUUAUGGACACCUUUGAUCCCGAGGUCCUUUUCAAUCUGUUCCUGCCACCCAUCAUCUUCCACGGAGCUUACACCCUUAAUCAGAAUCGACUUAUUAAGAAUCUUGGAUCUGUUCUGACCUUUGCAUUUUUGGGAACCCUGAUCAGCUGUUUCACCAUAGGAUCCUGCAUGUACGGCUUCACCAGACUGAUGGUGCUGUCGGGCCGAGCAGCUGACGGAGACUUCCUACUCACCGACUGCCUCCUGUUUGGUGCCAUUGUCUCCGCCACUGACCCAGUUGCAGUCCUUGGCCUGCUGUCAGAGCUCCACAUGGACCUGGAUCUGCACAGCCUGCUGUUUGGAGAGAGCGUCCUGAAUGAUGCCGUGGCCAUCGUCCUGACACAUGCCAUCACCACCUACAGCCAGACGGGUGAAGGGCAUACCUUCGACCCCCCCGCCUUCCUCCUCUCCGUUGGUUAUUUUCUUGCCGUGUUCGCCGGCUCCCUCCUCCUGGGUUUCCUGUUCACAAUCAUGACAGCCCUCCUCACCAAAUUCACUCGGCUCCAUGAGAACCCACUGCUGGAAACAUCCGUCUUCUUCCUGCUGUCCUGGAGCUGCUUCCUCACCGCCAAAGCCAGUGGACUUUCAGGUAUCGUGGCGGUGCUGUUUUGUGGUUUAAGCCAGGCGAGAUACACCAUUCACAAUCUAUCCUCCGAGGGCCGGACCAGAACCAAGCAGCUCUUUGAAGUCUUCAACUUCCUCGGGGAGAUUUUCAUCUUCAGCUUCAUGGGAUAUGCAUUGUUGACGUUUCCUUGCCACGUCUUCAGAGCCCUCUUCAUUACCGGGGCGCUUCUCUCCAUCUUUAUAUCGAGAGCAUGUAACAUCUACCCCCUCUCCUUCCUCCUGAACCUGGGACGCACCACCAAGAUCCCGCGCUCCUUCCAGCACUUCAUGAUGUUUGCAGGUUUCAGGGGGGCUGUGGCCUUUAGCCUGGCUAUGAGAGACACAUCCACAGAGGCGAGGCGCACCAUCCUCACCACCACCCUGCUGCUGGUCGGCUUCACCACCUGGGUGCUGGGUACGGUUGCUGAUCCCAUGCUGCAGCAUCUACACAUCAGAGUGGGGGUGGAUGCAGAUGGAGAUGAAACCCCUGAGGACCUUUCUUUUGAGGCUGCUACAGGGAGGCCAGACACAACACCGGGCCUGUGGCACCGGCUGGACUACAAAAUUUUAACACCCUUGCUGACACACUGCGGCCCCCCCCUCAGCGACACACUGCCCCGGUGCUGUGGGCUUUUUGCCAGACUCCUCAGCAGCCGCCGUGUCCAGGAGGACGAGGAGCAGGUGUGUGAGGUGGGCGACUCCACGUUCGAUUUGGAGAAAACAGAGGAGCGGAGUGGAUCUCCGGGAGGUGAUUCUGGAUCAGCGCACCAGGAAGACCUUCUGGAGGGAGAUCUGGGCCUCGGCACGGAUCCUCCUGCUCUCACCAGGGAGCCCUGAAGCUGCAGGGUUCACCUCCGAUCCUCUUUGCCUGGAGGAAACGUCCCUGAGAGGGGGGUCAUCGACCUGAGAGGAGCCGACCGGGAGUCAGCGGCACAGUAGCCUCACAAAAAAAAAGGUCACGCACUCCUCUUGUUCUGACACGCAUGCAAAGACACACUCGGGGGAAAAUGACUUUCUCUUUCUGCUGCUGACCUGGCUCCAGUUAAGGCAUUUAAUAGCUGAUGCAUCCUGCUUUUAAGUGCGUUCAGUGUACUUUGCACACUUAAUCACACUUUAAUUUCCAGUACAGCAGUGUCAUGCUUUUCACUAAGAUUAGCUCUUUGAUUCCGGCUUUCUUUUAAGGACAACGGCUUAUGAAUAUCAGCUGUGAUUGAAGCACUGUAUUUCCCUUUAUCAGCGUAAAGUAUUACUCUUUUAUUGCACUGUUUUCCUUUACAGUCCUUAUAACUGAUUCAGUGAAAGUGAAUUUAUCACCCCCUCCUCCCCUUGCUUAUCAUGCUGCAGCGGGCUAGACGACUUCCAGAGAGACAGUACCAUGUGAGGGGUUUUUCUCUGACUUCUUUUGCUGCUCUCUCAAUGGAUCAUUAUACAUUUCUGGAACUACCAUCCCCCCCACACACACAAAUCAAAUCUGUGAAGGUUAGGCUGUGUGAAUAUGUCUCGUAUUAAUAAUAACGCCAUUGUCCUUGAACUUAAGUGGGGCCUGUUCAUGUGAUGAUGUGAAUGCAUGGCUGAUCGCAGGAAUGCUGCUCUGUUUCAGUCCUCAGAAAAUACAAUGCAUCCGCCUGCGUUUGCACUCAUUGAGUCGUGAGCUAAAGAGAGUUCAUUAUAACGGCAUCAGCCUUCAGAAAGGAGCUUUUCCUUCCUAAUUUUGCUGUGAAUUGGAACUAUUACCUGUCCAAUAGAUCAUCCCGACGUUAACGCAUUCUGGCGGUGAUUAACUAAAUAUCAAAACAUACAAAUCCGUCAUUUUAAAAACCAAAUGCAGAGUUUUCUGUUGUUCUUAAAGUCACACCCACCAGCUACAACAGCCGUCUGCCUGCAAGAGGGAGAAACGAGGGCUUGCAAUAGUUCUGAGCUUUUCAUAUAUCAUGUUUGGGCACUUUGUGAGUGUUACAAACCAAAUGAUACUGAGCUGUUUCACUGAAGCGAGAUCAAAUUGAAAUCUGGAUGGAGUAGGUGGUGGAAAUUCAGUGCUCCCUUAUACUUUUACCUUUGUUUUCAUGUCAUUUGAUAUAAGUGUGUUCCUCUUUCUGAGCCUAUUUGUCACAUCAUCUGCCAAAUAAUGAAGACAGUAUUUCGAAUUAUUAGGAAACACAUGUUGUGACAUGUACUUAAAUGAACCUGGGGCGAUUUGGACCACUAGUCACAUCAAAGAAGAAGGAUAUCGUUCCCACAGACGCCUAAUCAUGCAUUUCUACUGAACUGAAAGCAGCUGUAAAUCACCAAGAAAAGCAUCAAUACAUCAGCUAAUGCAGGGCACAAGAAGAGUAGCACUUACUUAAACCAUGCAUGUUUUAACCGAGUAAAAAAUGAAUGAAAUAAGUCACUUAGACCUCCAGAAUACACACAUUUCAGUGGGUUGAGUGGUAGAACAUGUGUUUACAGUAAAACUCCACAGGGUGCCUUCAAGUUAUGCAGCUAAUAGCAACAUGUGUGACAUAACUCCUGCACAAUGGUUCUCAAAUGGUGAGGGGAGGCAUGCCUGGAACAAUCAAUGUGCAUUUUGGGGGGUUUUCGCUUUCCUUUAGUGAGUAAUAUAGGUUUUUGUGCAUGUAAAUAAGAAAAAUAAAGAGCUUUUUGAGCAUUAAAUCGUGUAAAAGUGUCACAAUAGAUGCAUUAAAUACAACUCUGAACCUAAAUAGGGCCCGUUCACGCACCGUACUUUGAGAACCACUGUUUCCUGUAUGUCUUGUACAAUGAUGUGUGGGUUUGUUCAACACAAAAAGGUAAAAAACCGUCUCGUUAACUGUGAACUUUACUCAAUGCAAUACUCCCAGACCAUG